GACGGCAUGACAUGGCUUCUGAGCUCGCCGGAGGAGUCGCUGGCGUACAUCCUCGCCGACCGCGGCUUCGACGUGUGGAUCGCCAACACCAGGGGCACCAGGUGGAGCAAGCGCCACGUCUCACUCGACCCCUCGUCCCAGGACUACUGGGACUGGUCAUGGGACGACCUAGUUACCAACGACAUGCCGAAAAUGGUUGACUAUGUCUACACUCACACUGCCCAGAAGCCGCACUUCGUUGGCCACUCAUUGGGGACGCUGGUGGCGCUUGCGGCCUUGUCGGAGGGAAGGCUGGUGGACAAGAUGAAGUCGGCGGCGCUCCUGACCCCGGUCGCCUACCUUGCCCACAUGACCACUCCCCUCGGCAUACUGCUCGCCAAAACAUUUGUUGGAGAGGCCAUCUCUGUUCUCGGUGUGGCGGAGUUCGAUCCAGUAGCGCCUGCAGUGACAAGCCUCAUCAAGGAGUUGUGCCGCCAUCCCGGAACGAAUUGCUACGAUCUCCUCAGAGAUUUCACAGGGAAAAAUUACUGCCUGAAUAAUUCGGCUGUGGACGUCUUCCUCAAAUACGAGCCCCAGCCGACAUCCACCAAGACCAUGGUCCACCUCGCCCAAACGUUCCGGGACGGCGUGCUGUCGAAGUACGACUACGUGUGGCCGAACGUGAACGAGGAGAAGUACGGGCUGCCCGACCCGCCGGCGUACAACAUGUCCAACAUCCCAUCCACUUUCCCACUCUUUCUCAGCUACGGUGGCCAGGACGAGCUGGCCGACCCCGCGGACGUCGGCCUCCUGAUAGGCGACCUCAUUGGCCACGACCGCGACAAGCUCACGGUGCAGUACCUGGAGCAGUUUGCACAUGCCGACUUCGUCAUCGGCACCUGUGCCAAGGACUACGUCUACAACGGAGUCAUCUCCUUCUUUAACCGCUUCAACUAGCAACACACAAAUCGCGUGGAAAAAGUGAUAAGCUACUCCCAAAUAAACAGAAAAAACUAGCAACACAAACACACAAGGAAGAACAGAAAAUGAAAGCUAGAGGUGUGCACGAUCAUGGAGGUGGAUGUAAAUAUGUGAUAA